GAUUUCCCUCUAGCAUCCAGGAGGGCAGCCAGGGCUCUGGCCUUUCUGGCAGAGCCGUGCUCCCCAACCCCUACACAGUCCCAACACCAGCCCCCCCUCUUCCCUCAACGCCUGAACCCACGCUUGCAGGCGGACAUUCAGCAGAGCACGUGGGCACAACGAAAACCAAGCUGGCCAACGGCGGAGGAACAGAGGCAAAGGAGGCAAAGGGUCCUAUACCUACAGGCCAACAACCUAACUCAUACUUCCCUCCCGUGUCUGCCCCUCCACAGGGCCGCGGGAUCAAUUCCGCCCACUCCCUUUCAGGCCACCUCUCCCUUCCUCUGAACCCGCCCCAGGUGGCGGCAACUGCGUACGCUGCCGGUAUGGGGGCCGACGGGAUGAGGGACGAGCGCAUGGGCGACACCACCGACACCCAUUCGUGGACCACACCCGAGCUCCGCUCAGCCAGUACGCCCCAUCCCACCCUCUACCUUGCCACCCCUCUUACCCUCACCAGCAGGCAGGCUGGUUGCGGGGACCCCACAGGAGAUGAGGGCUGCCAUUUCAGACCUGCUGGCGAUACAGAGCCCCAGCAGCACCCCAGAUACCCCCACCCUACCAGUCCCACAGGUCCAGAGACGGACAUACGCAGAGAUCACUCGAUCUGUCGUUUCUUUCACCCCCCCCCCACUACUCAGCCCAGCUCGUCACUCCCAUCCCCGACGGAGACGGACCUGGUUCUGAGGCCAUGCCACUCGCACCCAGAUGUGGUGGCGCCUCCCCCCAUUCAGCCUGUUGCCCACACACUUUCCGUGACGCAGGAGGGCACCAGCAUCAGGUAUGAGGCAUCCGCCCCUGCCGAUGCCCCUCCGUCUAGGGUAGCAGAGCCGCCAGUCGGACCCCACCUCGCCGAUGGAGAGGGGCACACCACAGCAUGCACUUCAGACCCACCUCUACAUCCCCCCUUCUUGGCCCCUGGGCCGGUACUGCCACGAGGCCCGGCCCCGUCAACUAACCCCCCACUAUUACCAGUGCCACUAGCCCCACCUGUGGAUGCUCUCCACAGCCGUGGAGCACCCGUUUCUACUCCCGUCAUGGACGCCCCCCCACAGGUCCCUCCGGACGACGACCUCCCAUCCACGGCUAGCUCCGAUGGCAUCAUCCCGAACGACCCCGCCGAUACGAUCACGUCACCUGAGCAUCCCGUCACAUGUCCUACCUGCCGGUGCAUCCUCGAGAGCACUCGAGCACUCAGGCACCAUACGCCCUUCUGCCACCCGGCCGAUGCAGCUCGCUGGGCACAGGCCGUGCAUUACACUACCUCGAUUCUUCCUCUUCUCUCACUGCCCCGUGCGACCGGGAUACCGUUCCCUGACGCACAGUGGCAGACGCUCGACUCGAUGGACUCGACGGGGUACCCUAGACCCGGAGGCUGCUCGCACUACCUUCCUUCUCGCUGCAGCACCGACCCUUUUCCUCGCUCCAGCGACGCCACCCGACCGCUCGCACACGGCUGCCAUUACUAG